AUGGAUGCCCACGAACAAUCUCCGAUCUCUGAACCCUUACGUGCGAGUCGCAUCCCUAUCGCGCAGCUCUCUCCGACACUCGAAGAUUUCUCCAGAAGCUCUAUUCAUGCAUGCGUUACUCUUAUAUGGCCUUAUUCGUCCUCGACAAAGUCACUUAGCCUCUUAUUAGCUGAGCCCGACUUCCGCCUACGUCACUCGAAUGGACAAAUUAAGGCGGUUUUUCAUGGGCCUAUCGCAGAAAGUGUGGCACAAUCUCGAAUUGGGAUCGGUGAUUCGGUCUAUCUUGAUCUGGCGGGAGCGAGAUUCUCAAAUUGUGUCGCAGCAAUUGGAACUCCUGGUAAAAGUGUGGCAUGGGAUGUACACUUUGAUGACCGUGUGUCUCUUGAGAUUUGGCGCUCAUCCAAGCAUGUAUUGACCGUGAAAGUCGACCCUCCUUCCCCCCCAUUGCCAAACAAUGAUACUACGAUUGCAGCACCGGUCACCCCCGUUGCCAAAGGUUAUGCUCAACUUGAUAGAAACGGCUCGAUUGGUGGGUUGGAAUCAUGGCAGUCUCCGGCUUUUCGAGACCGAUCGCGCACAUACUUGAGCGGUCUAGCCGACUCAGUGUUAAACCCUUUCACGGAAGAGGAUGGGUUUGUCCCUGGAAAAGGAAGGAAGCGUCCUAGGUUCAGUAUGCAAAACAGUCAGUGGCGGGUAAUCGACGAACCUGAAAGCCCCGGUGAAAGGGGCGAGGUUCUGGACUGGACUCAUAUCUUCGAUGAGGAUUGGAGAAGCGAAUUAGACACCUGUCAGGAAGACACGGCUGAGAAAGAAGUCAAGCCAGAAGUCAAGCCACCGGGAACCCCCGGAAUUGAAAACACAUCCAUAGAUUCGGAGAAUGUAUCUUUCGCUAUUCCAGUUUCGAAGGCUGAUGUCACCAAGGAAGAUGCCUCGGACUCUUCGCGAGGUUUUCUAGAUUAUUCCGCCCACCUUCCGAUAGAAACUCCUCGACUACACCCUAUUCCGUCCCCGGGACUCCCGAUCCCCUCGCCGCUCGUGACCAUGUCAAACAGUCCACAGGGCUAUUUCACGCCGAUUGCAGCCACAGCAAAUUCCCACAUGAGUCAGGUGCCCACGACUCUAUCUCAGGAAUUCACUGGAUCAGAAAUUGAGAUACCCGAUGCCCAGACUGUCAGUGAGGAUCAAACGCGCAAUAGAGCCCAGGAAAUUGAAUCUGAAGAACACAAGGGAGAAACACAUCAGGGAAGAGAGAUCGUAGCGAAGGACGAUCUGAAAGAUUAUGGACGCAGGCUGGGACCUACCGAAGGCGGUAUCGUUACCGAGGACCCUCAGAAAGCUCGUGUAUCCGAAGAGGUUGAAUAUGAUACAGAUGAAAGCGAGGAAGAGAGCACAGACAAGCUAAAGAAGCUGACACAAUAUCAUAAUUUGGCUGCUGAAAGUGAGACCGAGCCACCAGAAGAGGAUCAUGGACAUUAUAGUGAAGUUGGCGAUGAAGGAGAGGAAGAGAGUAAUGGACAAAGGAGCGAGGAUGAGCUUGAAGAAGUAUUUGUGGAGGAAGAGGAGGAAUACUCGGAAGAAGAACAAGCUCGAGAGGUUGAAGAGGUCGAAGAAAUCGAAGAAGAGGAGAAUGUAGAGAGUGAGGAAGAGGAUCAGGUAGAGGCUGGAUGGGAUGAUGAAGAGGGAUGGUCCGAGGAAGAAUUAGAAGAGGAGGCAGGUGUUGAGGACAUGUAUGAGGAUGAAGACGAUGAACAUGUUGAGCUUGAGAUCGAGUCGGAUCAAAUGAGUGUUGAUACGCCUGCCCCCAAAAAGGUGCAUCCGGAAGUCAUCGUUCUAGAUAGUGACAGCGAAGAUGAAGCCAGACCUACUUCUCAGACACAUCCCAUGACCUCGUCAAGGCAAGAGAUCAGAAUACUGGAGAAUGAGUCAUCUGAUUACGAGACGUUUACUUCUGGAACCGGCUCUCUUGGACCAGGACACCCAGAAAACUCGGAAAGCUUGGAGGAUGAAUGGGGUGAAGAUGAGGACAUGGAAGAAGGAAUAAAAUCCGAACAGGCUGCAGACGAACAACUCUAUAAGGGACGGACGAGGGACGAGCAGGCGGCCAAGGGGCUGAUGGGAAUAAGUGAGGGAUACCAAAUGGAAGAUGAAGCAACUGAAGAACACGCUGGGAUUGAACGGGAGCAGGUCUCAAUUUCAUCGACAUAUAUUAGGGAUGGAGCCUCGGAUACUGAAGAGCGACAAAUGCUUCGCCGAGAGACAUCACAGGAUCACGAGCAGGGUGGUCUCGAAUAUCGCUCGAAUAUCAUGGUCUCUAACGAGGGACCUACUUCACGCAGAUUGGAAAUGGCUAUUGAUCCCGAGUUGCAGAACCUGGAAUUCGAUAGAGAACAAGCGACCAAAGAGGUGGAAGAGGAACAUUGCGCAGAUUCCAGUUAUGCUGAGAUUAGGACUGGGGAAUUCUGGAAGGUAUCCGAGCCAGACCAGAAUAUUGAUCAUGCCUUAAUUCUUGACGGUAGUUCAUCUUCACAAGUUUCACAUGGCUCCCUGGGUGCUGUUUUAGGAAAACCUUCGCCAAUGCAGCAAUUGGUAGCACUGGGUGCUUCUCAACUGGUUGAAAUUGGUCAACGUUCGACGGAACCCACCGCUGUUGAAGUACUUCCUACACCUGAACAUAGGCAGGAAGAAACGUCUGUGCAAUAUCAAGGUGAAGUGCCACUCGCACUUCAUGUCGAGAAAUCCUUACUAGCAGGACAAAAUGUCCCCGUCAUCGAAAAUGUUGAACAUGAUGAUGCACACCUCGUUCCUGUCUUGCCGGAGGGACAGCAUGAAGUCAAAGACCUCUCUGAGCAUGGGGGUGAGGGCACGUCAGCGUCUCUCAAUGGAGAUAAUGCUGAGGAAGUCGAGCUUUAUUCGGAAGAUAAAUCCGUUCGAGACUUGGAUGAAGUUCAUCUUGUGGGGGUAAACCGCUAUUACCCUGGCUUGCGCAGCAAACUCUCUUAUUUCGCUCCCUUAGCCACGCUUGUCGAUCACUAUAAUGUCUUGGUGGAUACGAUUUCCGUUGUGACGGAAGUUCAACCUGUACUCCAGGCUGCACCAGGAAAAAAAGACUUUAUCUUGACCCUUCAACUAACUGAUCAAUCUAUGGCUGGAACCACGCUCUAUGCUCAAAUCCUUCGGCCCUUCAAAGCAGCGCUUCCCUUAGUUGAAGAGGGGGACGCCAUCUUGUUACGCAACUUUAGGGUCAAAAGUUUCAAUCACUCGAUAAUGCUCGCCAGCGUUGACACCAGUGCCUGGGCUGUCUUCACUACCUUGGAAGAUAAAGUACUGGUUGAUGGUCCUCCCGUUGAAUAUGGAAGCGAAGAGCAAGCGUGCGCGACUGAUCUCCGCCAGUGGUAUCAAGAGGCCGGUAUGGCCAUGGUGGCAGAUAAUCAACUACAGGCAUCUAUAGACAGGGAAAGUAGAGAAGGAACACCUGCUAGCAGUACUGCACUCAGCGAUUCAGGGAGUAUUGACUCGGCACUACGCGACGUGCGCGGUGAAUCAUCUCUAUCAAGCCGGGGCUUACGGCGGGCCAAAAAGCCUCACCGGAGAAUAACAAUCCAUGAGUUGAGAGAUGGAAGAAGAUACACUGAGGUUGGCUCCCCGUCUGGAAAGGAGAGUAUACACGAACUUCGAGACGGAACCGUUUAUGCCAAUUUAUGA